AUGAGCGACUCCGAUUUCGCAGUUUUGUGCUGUGGGGGCGGCAAUGCAGCACAGGUUGCAACAGGACUUUUUGCUGUCCGCUACAACACCAUAGCCGUGUCGUUCUUCGCCGACGAAGCCGCGAAGUGGAAAGCGGCCCUGGGAGAAGACGAAUUUGAACUCACGCUGCCAGGAGGUGGUGUCAUGAAGUCAAAGCCCAAGGAUAUCACCAAUGAUCCUUCUGUCGCCAAAGAUGCCGAUGUGAUUUUACUCGUGGUGCCAUCCUUCGCUCAUGGAGAAUACUUUGAGAAGUUUGCUCCCCACAUGAAGCCAGGGACUAUUGUGGCAACGAUGCCAGCAAGGUCUGGCGGCGACAUUCUGUUUGCAUCGAAGCUUGGAGACAAGGCAAAGGACAUGAUCUUCUGUGGCUUUGAGACCUUGCCUUGGGCCUGCCGUUUCACCGAAUGGGGGAAGAAAGCCACUGUUCUUGGAACCAAGAACAACAUCCUCGCUGCAGUUUCACCUGUUUCAGCCACCAAGAAAGCCCUUUCCAAGCUUCAGGGCCUGCUUGGCGUGAAUCCAUUCGUGGAAGAAAGCCCCAACAACUUGGGCAUUUCUUUGCGCAAUCCGGGCAUGUGCAUCCACCCUGGAGUCAUGUAUGGGCGCUGGGGCCCAGAGAGCUGGGAUGGACAAGCAAAGGAUGAGGCUCCACUCUUUUACCAGGGCGUGGAUGAUUUCACUGAGAAGGUCCUGACGAGCAUGACAGAUGAAGUGCAAUCGAUUUGCCGCAAGAUGGAGGAAGUGGCUCCAGGUUUGAACAUGAAAGAUGCCUGCACUUUGAAGCAGUGGUACCUGGACUGCUACGACGGCCAAAUGAAGGACACUAGCUCUCUGAAGGCCUGCAUGAAUACCAACGCGGCCUAUGAUGGUCUGAAGCAUCCCUGCAAGGAAGUUGAGGGGAAGUUCAUGCCAGAUCUCAAGUACCGCUACCUCUCAGAGGAUAUCCCCACAGGACUGUGCUUUGCGAAAGGCUUGGCAGAAAUUCUGGAGCUGAGCACUCCGCAGAUUGACAAGGCUAACUCCUCAGGCAUCAAGACAUGGCAAGACAUGUCGGUCUGUUUAAGUGAAGAAUGUAGGACGUUGUCCACUAUCUUCUCCAGGAAGAGCGGAAACAUGUGCACUGUAGUACUCCAAGGAUGCGAGACAGCACGCGCUUGCAACAAUGCAAAAACAGAUAAAAACAGAUGCAAAAAUCCCCACCUAGUGCAUUGUGUGGAACUAUUUUGCUGCUGCCUUUCCAAUCUGAUAAACAGACAAGUAAACAAGCCCUGCGACCUUGUAAAGACUCAGAAACGUGACAGGUGCAAAUCAGAAUUAUGCCAGGUUUUUGAAGUUUUCCUUUUUCUAUAUUUGUCGAACUUUCAACAAUACAUGAUUGCGUUCAAGAUGUUUUGGGAACAAAGGCAAAAACACCCACUGUACCAAGUAACGUUUGCAGCUCCAACCUUUCAUCCGAGGUGA